AUGGUAUUGCUCUUCGGGGUGGGACCUGAUUCAUAUUGGAAGAGAGAGGAAGUUAUGGUGCUGAUACUGCAGAUAAUAGGCCGAGAGGGAGGCACAGAAGAUUGUUCAAAGAGCUCGAGAAUGUAUUGGAGAUGGCAAGGUCUAAUUAGAACAGACCGCACAAAGCGCGUGAAGGAAGCACGAGACGAGGCGAAGAAGGAGAUCGAUGAAUACAGGAAGGCGAAGGAGGCCGAGUUCAAGAAGUUCGAAUUAGAGCACACGAGCGGAAACAAGAAAGCAGAAGAAGAAGCAAACAAAGAUGCAGAGGCGCAGAUAAAGCAGAUUCAACAGGCGGGCAAGAAGGGCCAGGAUCAAGUUGUUAAGGAUCUAUUGAAGGCAGUCUUUGAUAUUAAGCCUGUGGUUCCGGAGCGUAUCGAGGUGCCGAAAUAG